CUGGCUUAAAGGGUCAAAAAUGUUUACGGCAGACUCUCUGAAAAAGAGAAAUGAGUCACAUUGCCAUUCUCUUGGCCACUGCAAGCGUAUUCAGUGUCGUUCAGGGUCAACAGCAGGUUAUGCCGAUGCCCGUGAUAGAAGCCCCCACACCGCAUCCUCUGACCGCGGAUUACGUGAAGGGAAUACUCAGCCUGAAGAGCAGUCUGCUGGCCAACAAGCCGUCCAGUCAGCAGGUGAAUAGCGCCGUGCCCGUAUCCGCAACCGGAAUCAGACCAGGAAUGCGGUAUACACCGCAGUUGGACGUACAGCAGCCGCCAAGUCAGCCGUUGCGAGAGAUUCAGGUUGAGCAUGUUGCCAGUUUGAGGCCAUCUGCAAUAGCUCAAAGCAACCUUCUUCACUCCCAGAUGCCGUCGGUCAAGUUGAAUCGAUAUAACCAGCAGUUCCCCGCCUUUCAUCUGUUCCAGCCGCCAUUCGUGCCACUGCCAAAGAAGCAGGAGCGACAGGAGUCACAGGAUCCGCCGCCAACUGCCGAGCAGCUCGAGUUGCUGCAACAGUUGUCCGAGUUCUUUGGCCAGCGACAGCAGUUGCAACAACAGGUGCGACCGCAGGUGGCAACCAACUGCGCUCAAAUGGAUCCAGAUGAGGGAAAAGGAGAGUGCGAAGUGCAUGCGAACACCGAGACUUGUGACACCACCAAGGAGCCCAAUAAAAACGAAGAGGAGGAUACCAUAUCCGUGGAUGUGAAGAACGAAGAGCGGGAAACCACCACCACGACGGCGAAACCAAUUGUGGCUCCAAAAACCAAACCCACUAAGCCGACAAGCGUCAAGUCCACCACUCAAAAACAUGUGACAACGCAUGCUACCAAAAGCACCACCAGAAAGCUGCCCUGUUGCACCAAGCCCAUGAAUCAAGGCGUUGCAUCCGCUCCCAAUGUCAUCAGCUUUUCACUGAACGUACAAAAUGAGAAUGCCGAGCAGUCGAAGGCCUUGCAACAGCAGCCUCGAAGUGGCAGACACGCCAUUCAGCCCGACUUGCGCAUAAAUGCUAUAACGAACUUACUAAGAUAUCGCAGAAAAAGGGCUCAGGGUGCAGCUCCAUAUCCGAAACCCUUUUCUUCACAAAAGGAUCAAGGAUUGCAGCUACAGAGCCGAUCGAAGCGAAAAAGAGACAAGAUCCUGGACAAAAAUCAACUGCUUCAGGCUGAGCUAAAGAUCUGGCCCAUUAGCAUAAAAUCGAACAUUGUGGAAAGAUUACACUGAGUUUGCAAUAUUAAUAUAUUUUGUAAGCCACAGAAAACGUUUAAAGUAAAGAAAUUAAAGAAUUCA